AGGUGUUUUUUUUUUUUAAAGAAGCACCAUUUUGAAUUGCUAAAUUUCAAAAAAGGUUUUAAAAUAUGAAACAAAAAUGUAAAUAUAUAUAAUAUAGUUGUGUACUGUAUGUAAUAAGUCGUGUUAUUAGGAUUUUAGUCAUCAGCUAUUUUUAUAAAUAUCUAUCUAUUCUUUUCCCAACCCGAUUGUCGUAUAAUACGUGUUAUAAUAAUAAUAAUAAUAAUAAUAAUAAUAAUAAUAAUAAAUGUGAUCGAUUUAUUUUAUGCUGCACAUUAUUUUGAAAUAAAAGGUCGUGAGCGAUGUGAAAUUUAAUCACUUCCGGUUCCUGCGUCGUUUGUUGUUUGCGUCCGAACAGAACGGUGUCGACUCUCAAAGAUUCAUUCGGUUCGCUCGAUGAAUUCAACAGACGCGCGCCUGUUUCAAACAAACGCACGAAUGAAUCGAUUCCCUCUCGGAAAUGACUCCCAACAGCAACUUCAUCUUGUGUAGUUCAGUUUGGAAAAGAAGAAACGGGGCGCGAAGAAAGUAGUGUAAUCCGAUUAAACGGCUAAAAGUGUGUUCGCGCGAUAUCGCAGCGCAGAUGUGUGCGAUCUGAGGCGAUCUUUGAGGCGAUCUGCAGGCGCAGGAGUCAAAUCAGUGCUCAGCCCGCACUGAAGCAGGCCCAGAUCCAGCUCAAAGCUUCACCCCGCGGUACUGUAAGAUGUCUCUGGAGGAGUAUGAGCGGCAUUACGCCUCUCUGAACUCCGAGUCUGGAUGCGAAUCAGUCAGUGGAAGAUCAUCCACAUCUGGAGCUUUCAGCGGAGAGGAGGAGAGACUGCAUUACAUUCCCAUCCGGGUGCUGGGAAAGGGCUCUUUCGGAGAAGCGACUCUGUACAGACGCACUGAGGAUAACUCUCUGGUGGUGUGGAAGGAGAUCGAGCUGAGCUGUCUGUCAGACAAGAAGCGCAGAGAUGUGAUGAACGAGAUCAGCAUUCUGUCCAUCCUGCAGCACAACAACAUCAUCGCCUACUUUAACCACUUCAUGGACAAGAACACGCUGCUGAUCGAGCUGGAGUACUGCAACGGUGGAAACCUCUACGACAAGAUCAACCAGCAGAAGGGAGUGCUCUUCAAGGAGGAGGUGGUCGUGUGGUACUUAUAUCAGAUCGCCGCUGCCGUCGCUCACAUCCAUAAAGCCGGCGUCCUGCACAGGGACAUCAAAACGCUGAACAUCUUCCUCACCAAAACCAACCUGAUCAAGCUGGGAGACUAUGGUUUGGCCAAGAAGCUGGACUCCGAGGAUUCAAUGGCAGAAACUUGUGUCGGUACGCCGUACUACAUGUCUCCUGAACUGUGUCAGGGAGUGAAGUACAACUUUAAAUCAGACAUCUGGGCCAUGGGCUGCGUCUUAUUUGAGAUGCUGACCCUCACCAGGACCUUUGAUGCCACCAAUCCUCUGAACCUGUGUGUGAAGAUCGUCCAGGGCAACUGGACCAUGGAGAUCAACUCGGACGUUUAUACGUCUGACCUCAUCAAGCUGGUGUACGAGUGUUUAGAUCAGGACCCUGAGAAAAGGCCGACGGCGGAGCAGAUUCUAGAGCAGCCCGUCAUCUCUCGUGUGAGAGCAGAGCUGGAGGAGAGGGUGGCGGCACUUAAUUCAGCCAUCAAGAAACCCAAGUUGAGCACGGUGACGGAGACGCCGGUGGCGGUGGUGACGACGCGCUCCAGGGAGGUGUAUUUCUGGGGCGGAGGGAAGUUCACUCCUCAGAAGCUGGACAUGUUUAAGGGCGGCAGCAUCGCUCAGCACGUCUGCGCUGGAGAAACACACUUCGCUGUGGUGACCGUUGAGAAGGAGCUGUACACCUGGGCCAGCGUUCAGGGAGGAGCGAAGAUGGUGGGUCAGCUGGGUCACGGCGACCAGGCCUCGUACCGACAGCCGCGGAGAGUGGAGCGUCUGCAGGGCAAAGCCAUCCGACAGGUGUCCUGCGGCGCCGACUUCACCGCCUGCAUCACCGACGAGGAUCAGAUGUACAUGUUCGGCUCUGAUUACUACGGCUGUGUGGGUGUGGAGAACGAGAUGGGCAUGGAGGUGCUGGAGCCGGUUCUGCUGGAGUUCUUCCAGGAGCGUCCGGUGCGACAGGUGUCCUGCGGGGACAAUCACGUGGUGGCGCUGACCCGCGCCGGGGACAUCUACUCCUGGGGCUGCGGAGAGCACGGUCGACUCGGGCUGGACUGUGAGGAUGAUUUCUCCUCUCCGAUGCAGGUGGAGGUUCCUAAGGGUGCCGUCAUUGACUCUGUGUACUGCGGAAGCGACGGCACCUUCUUCCUCACCGAGUUUGGAAAGGUCUUAGCCUGCGGGAGCAACGACCUCAACAAGCUGGGUCUGAAUCAAGGCAUCACUGGAAUCAAAAACCACCCGGGGGAAGGUUAUCAGGGGAUCCCAUACACCACCACCCUCACGCUGGUCAAGCAGCUCUCGCGCUUCAAGAUCCAGUUCAUCUCUCCGGGAAAGACGCACACCGCUGCUAUAGACGAGCGCGGGCGUCUGAUGACCUUCGGCUGUAAUAAAUUUGGGCAGCUGGGAGUGAAGGACUUCAAGAAACACCAGGGUGUUCAGAUCCUCGUGGGGGCCUUCGGAGGGAAGAUCGUCACCAAGGUGUCUUGUGGAGACGGUUUCACUAUCGCCGCCACCGAGGAUAAUCAGAUCUUCGCGUGGGGGAACGCAGGGAACGGGCGUCUGGGGAUGCCUGCUGAUAAAGGCUUCGGCUCCGAGGUCUGUCCCGCUCUUCCUCGGCCCAUCUUUGGUUCCCUGCACCACGUGCCUGAUCUGUCCUGCCGGGGCUGGCACACCAUCCUCAUCAUGGAAAAAGUCCUGAACUCCAAAACGAUCCGUUCAAACAGCAGCGGACUGUCUAUUGCAAGUGGUCAGUGCUCCACGUUCUCCGUGGAUCUGGAGACGGACUCGGCCACAGACUCUGAGCUGCGUGAGGGGAUGCUGGGAGGAACCGUGGAGGCCGAUAUGGACGACAGAGGUCUGGAGACGCCCAUCUUCUCCAUGGACAGCAAGACCAACGAGAGCUCCUGCCCCUCAUGGCUGCGGAAGGAGCUGCUGGACGCAGAGUUCAUCCCGAUACCGAACGAAUCCCAGGACUCCAUCGACCCGCUGACGAAGCCCUACACCGAGAGCGCCACGCUGCCAUACGAGGAGCUGGACCAGCUCAAAGCCGCCGCCACCGCCGGAAAGAGCCUUAUACCGGCUGCAUGCGUGGAUUACGAGCGGAUGAACGGCGUGGAGACGGGACGCUCCGAGCAGAGCUGCUGCGGCGCGAGCAUCGAGCUGGCAAACCUCAGAGAAACCGUGAACCGACAGGAAGCCCAGAUUCAGCUCUUACAGAAACAGUUCAACGAUCAGCUGAAGGAGAACGAGAGACUGUGGAGAGCCAUUCAGAGCCUCAGAGCAGAUGCUGGACUUCAGGACGUCAGUCAGAACCACCGCUCUGCCCUUCAGGAGUGAGAGAUGUUCUUACUGCUUACAGUGAGUGUGUUCAGUGCUAAACCCAGACGGAUCGAGGGGGUUUCGCCAAAAUCAGUAGUGCCUUGUUUUCAUAACCAAAGACUGUACGAGUUCUUUCAUGCUGCUAAUGUCAAGCCAAAGCGCUCCGGAUCUUUUAGUGCUGUGUGUACGGACAUAAACAGUGAGUGUUUUAUCUGGGAACAACGUUAAAUAAUGUCAGCUUAAUCAUGAGACAAUCCCUCCAGAAUGAAUGUAAGAAAAGUGUCAUAAACAGUUCACUUCAGUCCUCAUGGGUUUAACGCUUUCAUAUUUAACAUUCAGCACUAUAUUGUUUUACAUGUUUUCAGAUGCUCUUUUAUAAUGAGAUUAAGCUGAAAGUGCCUCUAUAUUAGUUUGUCUUCAGUGUAUCAGUGUUAAUGUCAUUUGUACAGUGUUUUUACGUGUUAUUCUCAAAGGUUUUAUCUUUCUUAUGCAAGCAGGUCUAAUGCAACUGAUGUGUUUCAAUCAGAGAUUCUUAUAAACACUUUAAAGCUAUGAAUGUGAAGCCAAAACACGGUUUGCUUGCGUCACGGGACGCUGCAGUUCUCUGCUCUUCAUGCGCAUGAUCGGUUUCUUCUGUACGACGUCCACGUGUUGAGUGAAAGUUUUGCAGUAAUUUCACAUUUAUAUCGGAGUAAGUUUGUUGUGCAUACACAUCAUGUGUCAAGACUACUGAAUAUCUUGUAUUUUCAUUUCUUUAGCAUUCUUGUCUCUAUAUUGCCAAAUAUUGGAGAACGACACCAAGUUUAUGCAAAUCUGUGGAGCGAAGGUAAAACGCGGUGCUUAUACAAAGUUGUGACUGAAAGCGGGUCUCUGAGACUCGUUUCUGUCCCUUGGUCAGAGAAGACUGCAGAAACUGCAUUCUGCCGCUGUAUUGCAUUGACAUUUGCAUGUUUUUAACCCCUUAACGGUCACAGUUUUGAACAUAAAGCGCACUAUCCAAACUUUCGUUUUUAUAAUUCAUGAACGAAAACAUUUUGUAAGAUGAUUUUGAUGUACCAUUUCCAUGGUAAUGCAAUGUCUGAUUUUAAAAUGGGUUUUAAAAUCAUGAAUUUUGAGAUUUUAAGUUUUCAAAUGAUAUAUAAUUUCUUAUGAUUUCUAAUACGUGAUAGAGAAAAAGGCAACUAAGAAGACUGUCUGUGACAAAGGUCAGAAAUCCUCUUAUGAUGUAGAUUUUUCAGAUGCACUCUUGUCAUAAAUUAAUCUAUUACUUUUCCUACAUAGAUAUUUUACCACUUUUUUUGUUACAAAAUGAUUUAGGAGUCUUAGACCUUUCCAACGAUAUAUAGUUUGUCAUGAUUAGAUUAGGAUUUAAUUAGGACGGGUGACAGUUAAGAGGUGCAAGCAAGUGCAACCAAAGAUGUUUUUGUUGUUUGUGUGUUUUAUUUAGUUUGUUUUUAUAUUUUCAUUUGUUUUUCUCCAAUUACUGUACUCUGAAACUGUGUCAUAUAAAUGAGGUGUUUUAUGCUUCAUACACCCGUAUCAGACACUGAUGCAGAUUUUUAAUUAAAAAAGGUGAGGCAAAAUGUCACACUGAUGUUGGGGUAAUUUUUGAUGUUAUUUUAUUUAUAAUUCUUUAUUUGCAAUGUUGGCCAAAUUGUGUGUGUGUGUGUUAAUUCUUCUAUUUAGUAUUUUCUAAAAAGCCACUAAAGUCAGUCUCACCGGGAUUGAAAUAUGAAUUUAUUUCGUUUGCAGUGGCUUUUCUCAAAAACUGUGAUGCAUUCGUGUGUGUUCUGUGAAAACCUACCAAUAGUUAUUUAAUUGUCGAGUAUGCUCUGCCUACAAUUAGCCAUAAAUAUUUUAAUGCAUUCAUUUUCUGUAACAUUCCAGUAAGAACUUUUUUUUUUUUUCUUUUCUUUUACGAUCUUUAAUUGAACAUGUCUUUGUAAAGCACUAAUCUGAUCAUUGUGCGCAUGCGCAUCACACCAGGGAUAUGGGAGAGUCAACCACGUCUUCAGCGCCGGAGAAUCUGAAUCAUUUUAGCCAAUCGGUUCGUUCGGACGGUUCGUUUCAAUGAACUGAUUCACAACCGAGUCAUCACUCAAACGCCUUCCGAAGUUUCCGCGUGGAAUUUUACUUUCAUUUCUGUCAUAAAAUUGUUGUUUACAUUGUUUGUUCAUUAUUAGUUUAUAUAGCUGCGCCAAAUGUUGUUA